AGUCCACGCCUUGUGGCGGCUUUGCGGAGCUGCUGCUUUGGCGGGAGUUGGCGGCUGGUGUGAGGUGAGAGGCGCGGUGGUCGCUCCCCGGCGAGGCCAGGUUUCUGUGGGGAGAAGGAGAGUGCCAGAGGUGACUGGUUCGUGGUUCUUCUAGGCUCUCAUGGCCACCAUGUUGGAAGGCAGAUGCCAAACUCAGCCAAGGAGCAGCCCCAGUGGCCGAGAGACUAGCCUGUGGUCGUCAGGCUUUGGGAUGAAGCUGGAGGCUGUCACUCCAUUCCUGGGGAAGUAUCGCCCCUUUGUGGGUCGCUGUUGCCAGACCUGCACCCCCAAGAGCUGGGAGUCCCUCUUCCACAGAAGCAUAAUGGACCUAGGCUUCUGCAAUGUGAUCCUGGUGAAGGAGGAGAACACAAGGUUUCGGGGCUGGCUGGUUCGGAGGCUCUGCUAUUUCCUGUGGUCCCUGGAGCAGCACAUCCCCCCCUGCCAGGAUGUCCCACAGAAGAUCAUGGAAAGCACCGGGGUGCAGAACCUCCUCUCAGGGAGGGUCCCAGGAGGCACUGGGGAAGGCCAGGUGCCUGACCUUGUGAAGAAGGAGGUACAGCGCAUCCUGGGUCACAUCCAGGCCCCACCCCGUCCCUUCCUGGUCAGGCUGUUCAGCUGGGCGCUGCUGAGGUUCCUGAACUGCCUGUUCCUGAAUGUGCAGCUCCACAAGGGUCAGAUGAAGAUGGUCCAGAAGGCCGCCCAGGCAGUAAGGCCCGCCCUCCAUUGGGUUGGGGAUGGUGGGAGCAGAAGAGCAGAGGCUGGGCCAAGCCCUUAAGUCAGGAGCAGUCCCCAUCUGGUCCUGCUUCCUGGCCUCUCUGCUCCCAGCCAUACAGCAGUCCAGUCCCCAUCAGCUGGUGGGAAAAAUCCCCUGCU